AUUUUAAUUAUUUCCCUGUUACAUAUUUACUGUGUCUUCAGGCACCGUAAGCAUGUACAGUAACGGGAAAAAAUUGUCUUCAGGCAUAUUUCUCGGAGCCAUCCCAUGCGUCAUCUGUUAAAGGACCCAGGAUGUCCAUGCUCGCCGAGCCCCGCAAGAAACAGAAGUGGUCUGUAGACCCUAGGAACAGCGCCUGGAGCAAUGAUGACAACAAAUUUGGCCAGAAAAUGCUGGAGCAAAUGGGCUGGUCCAAGGGCAAAGGACUAGGGAGGAGUGAGCAGGGAUCGACGGAUCACAUAAAAGUCAAAGUUAAGAACAACAAACAUGGCCUCGGAACAAACGCCAGUCAUGAGGAUAAUUGGAUUGCUCACCAGGAUGAAUUCAAUGAGCUUCUGGCCCAGCUGAACAACCACCAUGGUCAAAACACAAGUAACGAAGUUCCUCCAAAUGAGAUGAAGAGCUUCAGUCUGGAAGAAAAAUCAAAGAUUUCUAAGAAGAGGGUUCAUUACACAAAAUUCACAAAAGGCAAGGACUUAUCUUCCCGUAGUGAAACAGACCUUAACUGCAUCUUUGGGAAGAGGACCAAGUCUACCAAAGACCAAGAACAGGGGAGGAGCAGGAGCGAGUCUCCAUCUGAAUCAGAGGAAGGUGGGACUAAGGCUUCUUCUGAACUUGAUACUGAGUCAAUAACCAAGACUGUGACAAGUUCUCUGAGCAUGCAGGAGUAUUUUGCGCAGCGCAUGGCAAAGCUGAAGAAGGCUCGCGGCUCUGAAGGUUCAGCAUCUUCUGUCAAAGCGGAGACUACUGAAGCAUCAAGCCCUGCUGAGGAGCUCAGUCCAGUCCAUAGCAGCAACAAUGUUUCUGAAGAACCCAAGAAAAAGAAGAACAAAAAGCUAGAAGAGGAGCUAGUGGAUGUAGAAGAGAAGUGCAGUCCCCCCAUCGUACCAGAAGAAAAAGAAAACAAGGAGAAAGCUCUUUCAAGAAAGAAAAAGAAGAGAACUGCAGAAAUCAUUGAUGAAAAUGAAAACUCUAGCUCUGCCAGCGUUCUGGAGAUGAACUGUGAAAAACCAAGUUUCUCCAAGAAGAAAAAAUCUAAACACAUAGAGAAGCAGCUUAUAAAUGUUCUUGAGGGCGAGGAAGAUCACAGUGGAGUAAAGGAGUGUGAGGAGGAACUAGUUACUAAAAAAUCCAAGAAGAAGAAAAGGAAGAGAGAAAAUCAAGAAUAGGGUGAAGUUUAGGUUUUGGUUAAAUUUGUCCAGCUUCCAAAAACUUUUUACUUCUCUUGUGUUCUUGUUCUAAUACCCACCUUUUUAAAUAUAUUUGUAACCAAAUGAAAUCUCUAACACAUGAACAACAGAUGCCUUAGCAGCUGGCUUAAAUGAAAUUAGUUCUUCCUGAUUCUUGUAUCUCCUGAGUCAUUAAAUAUGAUUCAGGAAAAAAAAAAGCUGUUUUCACAUUUAUUCUUCUUUUAUUAUUUGCAUGCAUUACUAUUUACAUACACAAAACUCCAUAUUCUCCAUGUCAUGUGAUCAAUGAUAUGACAUCUGGUGCUUUGGCAUGAUGGGCCUUUUAAAACGAGUCAUUCUUUGAAAUGCCUAUGACAUUAUUCUAAAUAAAUAUGGUCACACACAUUUUGACUCUAGCCUAAAGUUAGAUUAAUUUAUGAAUAGCAUGACUCCUGCAGAAAGAGAAAACAAUAUCCCAUUGUGGAAGUUGAAACCAUAGGUUUAUAAACUGUAAAGGCCAUGUUACAAAAUCAGUGGAAGAACUCUGGUGUUUAUUUUGUCACAGAUGAUUUGGCUGACAGUCACCAUUUACCUUACAGAUGUGACGCAGGAUGUUCCGGUUAGUUUGUCUUCACAAACUCUUAACAAACCCGCCUUGUUCCAACUCCUGUGUGGGAUGAGGAAAAGAAGAUGCCAGUGGUGUCCAGUAUUGCGCAUUGAAAAUGAUGUCGCAUUCUUUGUAUGUUAGGUUUGUCUGUGUGGAAAUGAUCUGAAUGUGUGUUUUGUCUUCCCUGGACAAAAGAAAAGGUUGACUAACUUUGUAGGCACGUCAGGUGUACUAAUUCUUAUUCCGUUCUCUUUCCAUUUCCUGCUACAAUCAGGUAAAUCUUGUUGCACCAUCUAGCUUAGAAGGAAAUAUAACAAAUCUUUACAAAAAAUGUCAGAUUUAACAUUAUUGUUUGGUUUAUGAUGCCUUGCAGAGCAUCCCAGUUUUUUUUUUCUUAAUAAAAAUUUUU